AUGGCCACUCCUUCCCCAGCAUGGUUUCUUUCGUGUGCUUCUGGCCUUAUCGAUUCAGAAGAAGUGGAAUUGCAAGUGAACUAUGGUUUUCCUUCCUAUAUGGCUCGUCGAGCUAAUCCUACUACCUCUACUCUGGGUUUGUUAUCUAAGGAAGAACAAGCAGCGGAAGCUCUUGCUUCCCUGGAAGAGGAAGAGGAACAACCUUUUGUUGCCAUACACAAGAAGCCUAGACUUACUUCAGAGGUUCCCUUUCGUGAUACCUUCGGUACUUUCGUGCAGAUCCCCAUUGUUCCUUCAGCUAUUUCUUAUGAAAGAGUUGCUUCUGCCUCCCAGGUGACUGCUACUGCUUCUGCAUCCUCUCAACCUCUUCCUUUGGCCUUAUCUUCCCUGGCCUCUGGACCACGAGCUAAAAGAACACCUUGCAGGAGAUCUUCUUCGAGUCCAGGGCCAUCAGCUACAUGUGCCCCAUCAAUUGACUCAACUUUCCUUGCUUUGCCCUCUUCCAUCCCAUCUGGCCCCUCCUCAGUUGUUCCCAGUUCUACUACUUCCUUCCUUUCUCUUCCUUCCUCUUCUACUCGACCUCCUUCACCUUCUGUCCCUACUUCUCUUUUUAGGCAAGCUUUUGGUCUGCCCUCUCAAUUGGGACAAACCUCAGAUCCUCCUAUUUUUGGCUCUAUACAGCUUCAGGGCCCAUUGGCUGAAUCUUGGUUACAUAGCCAAGAGCUAUUAAAGGGCACGAGUAUUUCAAGUCGUGUUGACAGUCACAAGCAGCUACUUUUUACUUUGGAAAGGGAUAAUAGAAAAUUAAGGGCUCAAGUAGAGACAUUGAAAACCACUCUCCCUCCUUCCCAUAUUGAUCUUACUCAAUCACGAGAGAGGGUAACUUUACAGACUCAACAAUUAGAGGAUAUAAAGAAGGAACUACAGCAUAGGCAUCAGUUAUUGGAAAACAAAGAGCUUGAAAGGAAAACUUUGGAGUUACAAGUGGAUCGGUUAAACUCCCGCCUCCAGGUGGAAACUGCUUUGAAAGACAAAGUUAUUUUAGAUGUUUCUCAUAAAAAUACUGUUUUAGAGAAAGUGGAGAGACUUCACAAUAUCUUUCUUUCUGAGCAAGCUCAAGAUUCAGCAUCAAAAGAGUUUGCUCUUCUACAAGAGCAAGAAUAA